AUGGGGAAGACUGGCCAGAGUACAGUGGACUUAAACUCCCCAACAGAGGUCAAACAAGCAGUUCCCUUCGAGGAGCUAGAUGCUGCGGCAUCCCCUGCAGACGAAAAUAAAAAAGAGGAACCACCGGAUAGAGGAAGCUGGAAGGGAAAGUUUGAUUUUCUGCUGUCAUGUGUAGGAUACGCCAUCGGCCUUGGGAAUGUUUGGAGGUUUCCUUAUCUGUGUGGCAAGAAUGGUGGAGGUGCUUUUCUGAUCCCGUACUUCUUGACCCUGGUGUUUGCUGGGAUCCCUCUCUUCUUUCUGGAGACAGCUCUGGGUCAGUUCACCUCAGUAGGAGGGCUGGGAGUGUGGAAGCUCAUCCCUAUGAUGAAAGGUGUUGGCAUAGCUGCAGUGGUGUUGUCCUUCUGGCUCAACAUCUACUAUAUCAUCAUCAUUGCCUGGGCUCUUUACUACUUAUUCAACUCCUUUGGCUCGGAGCUACCCUGGCAGAGCUGUGAUAACCCUUGGAACACAGAGAAAUGUUUUUCCAACUACAGCCUGACAGACACCACCAACCUGACCAGUGCUGUCACCGAGUUCUGGGAGCGUAACAUGCACCAGUUGUCAGGUGGUCUGGAAGAACCUGGGGAGCUACGGUGGCCCUUAGUGGGCACUCUGGCACUUGCCUGGGUCCUUGUCUACUUCUCAAUCUGGAAAGGAGUGGAGUGGACGGGGAAGGUGGUGUAUUUCUCAGCCACUUAUCCUUAUUUUAUGCUCUUCAUCCUGUUCUUCCGGGGGGUCACCCUGCCUGGAGCUAUAGACGGGAUCCUUUUCUACAUCACCCCAGACUUUAACAAGCUCAUACGCUCUGAGGUGUGGCUGGAUGCAGCAACUCAGAUCUUCUUCUCCUAUGGACUGGGUCUGGGAUCACUCAUCGCACUGGGAAGCUACAACACGUACCACAAUGACGUAUACAAGGACUCCAUCAUUGUGUGCUGCAUCAAUUCCUGCACCAGCAUGUUUGCAGGCUUUGUCAUCUUCUCUAUCGUAGGCUUCAUGUCUUAUAUCACCAAGAAACCUGUGCAGGAGCUAGCAGCGUCAGGUCCAGGUCUAGCAUUUUUGGCUUAUCCUCAGGCCGUCACCCAGCUGCCCAUGUCCUCUCUCUGGGCCAUCCUCUUCUUCUCCAUGCUCAUGAUGCUCGGCCUUGACAGUCAGUUCUGCACAGUUGAAGGCUUCAUCACGGCUCUAAUGGAUGAAUAUCCAAUGCAUCUGAGGAAGAGGAAGAAAGUUUUUAUCCUCAUUGUGUGCUUCAUCUCUUUCAUCAUCGGUUUCUCCAACAUCACACAGGGCGGUCUGUAUGUGUUCAAGCUGUUUGAUUACUACUCCGCCAGUGGGAUGUGCCUGCUGUUUCUCGUCUUCUUUGAAACCAUUUCUAUAUCCUGGUUGUAUGGAGCAGAGAGGUUUUACAAGAACAUUGAGGACAUGAUCGGCUACAGGCCCUGUGGCUGGUGGAAGCUUUGUUGGAUGUUCUUCACCCCCAUGAUCUGCCUGGGGGUGUUUACCUUCAGUGCCAUUGAAAUGACCCCUCUCACCUUGGGGAAGUAUGUUUACCCACUGUGGGGCCAAGUGAUUGGCUGGUUCAUGGCUUUGUCCUCCAUGGUGCUCAUCCCGGGCUACGUGGUCUACAUGUUCUGCACCACCAAGGGCGGCAUCAAACAGCGUUGGCAGAUGAUGACAACUGCCCGGGACGAUGAAAAGCCAUCAGGGCAUGAAGAAUUUACUCACACAGGGAGCGUGGGCGAAGCCCCUGUCUAG